GCUCUCCGCAUUUUCUCCUUCGUACACUACCCUGCUCCCUUCUUAAAGUUAAAUACCACUCUGAACCGAAUGUCAUUUGCUAACAGACGACCUGGUGGCCGCAUUCUGCCUGCACGGCGCCUGACACCGCAAGUCGACCCAAAGACGCAGUUUGAAAAACUGGCCUUGGCUAUAGGCGAGAUAUACAAGCAUAAUGCGUCAAAGCUGUCGUUCGAAGAGCUGUAUCGGACAGCAUACGGCCUGGUGCUGAGUAAAAACGGGCAGAUGCUCUACGAUGGCGUCAAGGGUGUCCUCGAGAGACACCUACGCGAGUGUGUUGAGACUGGCAUUAUGCAGUAUGCAGCCAAGGCGCGAGACGAGCCCUCACUGACAAAUUCUGAGCAGUUCUUGUCCAGUGUGCGGUUGCUGUGGAGCGAGCAUGUCACGGCUAUGCUAAUGAUUAAGGACGUGCUGAUGUACGUGGACAAGGUGUUUGUCAGCAACGCCCGCUUGCCGUGCGUCUACGACAUGGGGAUGCAUGUGUUCCGAGACCAGGUCUUUCAGGGAGCCGAGUUCCGUCUUGAUCUGAUCACAACCACUACCCUGCUGAGCCAGAUUGCCCGCGAACGGCGCGGCGAGCAUAUCAAUAAGAGCACGAUGCGCGGCAUCACCAACAUGCUGGUUGAGCUGCAGGACAAGGACCAAACGCGCUCGGUGUACAAGGCUACGUUUGAGCCACUGCUGUUGGCCGACACAAGGCUGCGGAUCCGUAUCAGCGAACUGGGCACGGCUGAGUACAUGCAGCGCAUCUCAGAUUACCUGUCGUCAGGGACCACCGCACUGCUUCGUGAGACCGUGCUGCAGGAGCUGAUAUCUGCCAACGCCCAGGCAGUGCUCGACAUUGAGAACGCCGGGCUAGUGCAGAUGCUUGAGCAGCGCAGCAUUGCGUCGCUGGCUGUUUUGUACUGCCUGUACUCUCAAGUACCCAGCGCCGUCAAGCUGCUGCAGGACAAAGUGCAUAGCCAUAUUGUCAGCCUUGGCGACCACAUCAACGCACCGUUAGCAACAGCGGAUGACGCGCCCAAGCCAGGAGCUAAGGGCAAAGGACCGCAGGAGCGACACGGACUGGCGGAGCGGACAGCGACAGCGAUCCGGUGGGUGCAAGACAUGUUGAAGUUGUAUGAUGUCUACGAAGAGUUCCUGGUCGAGUCCUUUACGAGCAACUUGGCCAUGCGCAAUGCUGUCAACGAUGCGUUUAUCGAGACUAUCAACCGAAAUGCGCGCUCACCCGAGCAGCUCUCGCUGUUUAUUGACGACAGUUUGAAACGCGGGCUCAAGGGCAAAGCGGAGCAGGAAGUUGAGCACAUUCUCGAGCGCUCUGUGCUGCUGUUCAGGUUCCUGCAGAACAAGGACGCAUUCGAGCACUACUACAAGCUGCAUCUGGCAAGACGUCCUUCUAGUCUUGUGUCGAAGCUCAAGGUUGAGUGUGGCUCGCAGUUUACGCAAAAGCUCGAAGGCAUGUUCAAGGAUAUUCAGCUAUCUGCUGACCUUGUUCAGGCAGUCAAGGAUGCGGAUGUGCUUGCCGACACAUCGUUUGACAUGGGUGUGUCGGUGCUGACGCCGACGUUCUGGCCGUCGCUCUGGAGCACUGGCGCCGACUCUAAAGAGGAGCUGCAUGUCGCUACCGAUGCCUAUUCAAUGGGCAAUGCCGAUAUCAAGGUGCAUUUUGGCAGUCGCACACACGAGCUCAAUGUGUCGACUUACCAGAUGCUGAUAUUGAUGCUUUUCGCAGACACCAGCGAUGCUCUGACUACUGAGCAAAUCCAGCAGCAGACAGGCAUCCCCAGCGAGCAGCUUUCCCGGCAGCUGCAGUCGCUGGCAUGUGCCAAGUACAAGAUCCUGAACAAAACGCCCAAAUCGCGCGAUAUCAGCCCCGCCGACUCGUUCGCGUUCAACAGCGACUUCCGCGCACCGCAGUAUCGCAUCCGCAUUCCUCUGGUAGCUGCAACCAACCACAUGGAGUCUGACCGCGAGAAGGCAGCGUCCCAGGCCAAGAUCAGCCAGGAGCGACAGUUGCUGAUUGAGGCUGCCAUCGUGCGCAUAAUGAAGGACCGAAAGCAGAUGAUGCAUGAGAACCUUGUCAACGAGACGAUUGUGCAGCUCUCGCCGCGGUUCCUGCCGUCGUCGAAGAAUAUCAAGGAGGGGAUCGGGAAGCUUAUCGACCGCGAGUACUUGCAGCGGUCGCUCGAUGAUCCUCGACUUUACAUAUAUCUGGCCUAAGGCCGUGCACUGAGGAUACCAGUGACUAUAGAAAUAUAUCUGGAAGUGGGCUGCACGCACAGGCUAUCACAAUGCUAGUAUCAAGCGCACGCCAUGUGUGGAAUAAUGGAUGGAAAAGACGGAUACUGAAUACAUUGUAGCGAAUAAGUAGAGGAAAGAGGUAUUGCUAAUAGGGACAGUGUGCUGUCAGGUCAAUAUGUAUGUAAAAGAAGAGGCAGGCUGAAGGAUGAAAAUAAGAGGGA